AUGCAUUCCAGGCCACCGCCAUGUUCUUUCGCAUGGCAAUUGUGCUGGUUGCUGGCAUUCUUGGAGAUCUCAUUAUCUGCCUCACCCUUGACCCGUUCCGCAAUUGUCGACCUCGGUUACUCCCGCUACCAGGGCAUUGCGAGAGGCAAUGGCGUCGAUGAGUACCUGGGCAUGCGAUAUGCCAAACCUCCUCUGAACGAGUUGCGAUUCCGAGGGCCAGAGGAUCCAGAGCAGACGGAUGGAAUCGUGGAUGCGACCGCGUUCGGACCCGUUUGUGUUGGCGUGGGUCAACGAACCAGCGACUCUCUGGGAGAAGACUGCUUGUUUGUCAAUCUCUGGCGUCCGUCCAAUUCGACGGCAGACUCCAAUCUCCCAGUUUGGUUGUUCAUCCAGGGAGGUGGGUACGCAGACAAUGCGAACUUCAACUUCAAUGGAAGUGAAGUUGUGAAGCAAUCAGGAUACGAUAUCCUCUUCGUCAACUUCAAUUAUCGUGUUGGCGCCCUCGGAUUCCUGGCAAGUGAGGAGAUCCGCAGAGACGGCGACCUCAAUGCGGGUCUGCUGGACCAGCGGAAGGUGCUCGCGUGGGUGCAACAGCAUAUCCGUCAAUUCGGAGGUGAUCCCAACCAUGUAGUGAUUCACGGUGAUUCGGCUGGAGCAGGCUCGGUCGCUCACCAUCUCACGGCAUACGACGGUCGCGAUAUGAAUCUCUUUGUCGGUGCAGUCGCGGAGUCUACCUUCUGGCCCACGCAACGCACGGUCGCAGAGACGGAAUUCCAGUACGAGCGGUUCGCGCAGGACGUGGGCUGUGGCGGGUCAGAGAACACGCUUGCCUGUCUGCGCUCAGUUGAUAUCACGACUAUUAUGCAUUAUGACGUUGAUAAGCCCUUCCCUGGUGGAAGUGACUCGCCGACUCCAUUGUGGUAUUUCCUGCCGGUGGUGGACGGGGUGUUGAUCACUGAUCGACUGUAUAAUUUGUUCAUGCAGAACAAGUUCAUUCAUGUGCCUCUGGUAGUCACCGAUGACACCAACGAAGGCACUUCAUUUGGAUACAAUGCAUCCACUCCCGAGGAGGUUAUCCAGUUCAUGAAGAACAAUUACCCUGGGCUCAGUGAUGAAGAUUUGAAUCAGAUCAACCAGUCGUACCCCUUGAUGGAUCCUCUUCCCAAACAUGCAGCAUACUUUCCAUCUGCCGCACAGGCAUAUGGCGAGUCGACCUUUACCUGUCCGGGGAACCACAUGGCCUCCAUGAUGGCCCGAUACUUCUCCUCUUAUAAAGUAUGGAACUACCGAUUCAACGUCCAAGAUCCGGUAGAGACUGCGAACGGGAUGGGAGUGCCUCAUGUGUUCGAGCUACCGGCCAUCUUCGGCUUGGGAGACACCAACCAAGCAUCCGAGUCCUUCGCUAAUGUCAACGCCAAGAUCGUGCCCAUCACGAUGAACUAUUACCUCAGCUUUAUCAAGGCGCUGGAUCCUAAUGUGUAUAAGUAUGAGGAAGCGCCCGUCUGGAAGACGUGGGGUAUUGGGUAUGGGCAACGACUGAAGAUACAGACGGGGUCGACGGAGAUGGAACCUGUUCCUCAAGACCAGUUGGAUCGAUGUCUGAUGUGGAAGGGACUUUCCAAGUCCAUGGAGCAUUGA